UAGGUGUCAAACUGUCAAAGUUUUACACUUAUCAAUGACCAGACCAGACCCAGCUUGCAAUAAAAAUCUAACCCUCCCCUGCCAUUAUUCUCCUUUCCUCUCUUCUUAUGCAAGAGACAACAGCAUCACUACUAGCUGCUGCUCCUAAGCUACUUAUUAGCUUCAGGAAAAAAAAACCAGAAACACAAAACAGAUAAAGAACGAAGCUUCCCCCCCCCCCCCCCUGUGUUUGUUUCCAUGGAUGCUGCGGACGAACCCAUCUCUCCUACUCCUUCCGAUCAGCUUCCCCUCAACCAGCACAUCUCCAUGUAUCCCCACUUCAAGGUUAAUAGAAGGAAGUCGCGUGGCUCCAGGAUGAAGCCUAGCCAGAUCCACCACCGCCAAUCACCUGACCAACCUGACUCCAACUCUCAACUCGUAAGAUUCUUUUUCUUAACCCUAUUUCGUCUCUCUCUCUCUCUCUCUGUGAAUCUCUCGAGUGGGGACUUCGACUUUUAUUUUUAGGGCGGGAAGCGCCUUCGUUUUCUACUCUGUGCUCAGCUUGCUUCAGCUUUUUCUUGUUUGCUCGCAAUUUCAAUUUGAGGGCUUUCGUUAUCCGUUUGUAAUUAGUGCUGGGUGAAGCAUUCUUGCUAUCUAACUUUUCGCGGGAAAUCCGGGGGUUAUCUCAUAUUUCUCGGAUUUGGGUACUCAAGCUGAGGCCUCCGCGAAAUCUGGGUAGCUGAGUGUUAAUUUCAGUUACGAGCUGCAGCUUCAUAGAUUAGCUUCCUGGAGCUAUUCAGAUUCGAUUGCAGCAUUUUGAGCUGCCCUUUGGGUUGAGCUAAUCAGAGUUGCAGCAUUACGCAGCUUCUGUCCUAUGAAUUCUUCAAAAAUAUAAGUCUUUGUUGAUUUAGUGGUGGCCAUGUGUAACACUUGCUUACUUCUCCUCUGUCGGGUUCAAAGUUUUGAGCUUUCCUAGUAAUUCAGAAGUUCCGACUCCUUAUCUAUUUCUGGUAUAACGUGUUACCAAACGUUAUAAAGUCAGUUUUUUUAAUAGAAAGGAUUGGGACUUCUGUAGUUUGUGAUUGAAUCCGAUGAGGCAGCAUAUAUAAAGCAACUUACUUGGAUAUUCUUCACCUUUGUGCAGGUUUUGUAUGACAAUUCACCCGACUCUAAACGACAAAAGAGAGCUGCUGUGCAUGACUUCUAUGAUGGUGGUGAGGUGAAGUCAUCUUCUGCUCUCGAUCGUGCAGAACAGUUUCGAGCAAAUCUACCUGCUGAUAACCCUAGCUUUGCUAAGACAUUAGUCCGUUCCAAUGUCACCGUUGGAUUCUGGAUGCAUCUCCCUAUGCGGUUUUGCAAAUCUUACCUCCCGAAGUCCGAUACAACUGUUCUUGUUGAGAAUGAAAUUGGAGCAGAAUAUGUAAUCAAUUACAUUGCGGACAGGACAGCUUUGAGUGGUGGAUGGAAGGCCUUCUGUGCUGCACACGAGCUGAUCGAGGGCGAUGUUCUCAUCUUCCAUUUGGUCAAACCCCUAAGGUUUAAGGUGUAUGUAGUGAGAGGAAAUGUUUCUUCUCCCAAGUCCGACGAUGAUCUUCAUAUCCAACACACAGAGGCCAGUGAAAAGCGAAUUAUUUCUGCAAGAGAACCAACUAAGCUGCCGGGAACCCGAGACAGUAAUAAAAGUUCCCUGUCGAGGCAGGACAAUAACGACAAUAAUGAACAAGAAAAGCGUCUUGUAGCAAUCAAUUCAACAACCAAUGCCAAUUUUCAAGAUCACUCCGAAAACAGCUCCGGAAACAUGGAAAUCGUCACAUGUUCUUCAGAGCCCACUGCGCCUGUUGACAUAAUCGACUUCUCUGGCGGCAUAAAAGAGUUCAGUGUGGUGGUCAAUGGCACUGAGAUCGAUUCGGAGCUCUCGGACCACCACCGGCAAAAAUAUUACGAAUUAUGCUGCUCCCAGAGAACAUUUCUGCAUGGGAAUCUCCUCGACAGUAUCAACUGCAAGCUGGCUGCCGAGAUCAUAAUAGGAACAGUAGACAUAGCUGAGUCCAUCAGGGCGUCCACACUGUCGAGCUCUCGCAGGGAGUAUGCUGUAUGGGAGAAGAACCUGAAAGGGUUUCAGCUGCUGGGGAUGAACGUCAGGUUCCUGUGCGAGAGGCUAGAGAAGCUGAUGAAGCUCGCAUUGGAGUCGGAAAAGGCUGUGGAGUCUGAGAGGCGGGAAGUGAAGCUGAGGCAGGAACGAGUGAGCGAGGAGAUGGAGAGCCUGGAAGUGAAGCUUAAGGAGUUGCGAGAAGCGAGGAAGAGGAUCGAUGAAGAGGUCGAGACUCUGAAAGUGACUGCAGAGAGGCAUGAAGUUGUGUUCCAGGAAGUCGUGAAUGCUCCAUGGUGAAAAGAGUUCUUUAAUGUAAUGCUGCCGUUUGAGGCAGUUGUGUACUGUAAUGUUUGUAAUGUUUUAUGCUGUAGGUGUAGGCUUUGUAGGCUUGUAUUUCUAUGUAUGGUGUUGUAUAUCAUUAAUCUGAUUAAAAGCUUGUAACUUUAUGGAUCGUUUGCCACCAUGAAUAGAGUCUAGCUGUAUGAGCGGCAGGACAGCGACCUUUCUAUUUCAUGAGCAGGACGGUUAGUUUUCUGAACCUGCCUCC